AUGUCGUUUCUCACAAACCAUCCACUUCUUUCAGAUUGUAAGGUUAGCGAGUGGACUAACUGGACGCCGUGUAACGUGCUCUGCGGUAUCGGAACACAGAUACGGGAACGUGUGAUCACCGCUGGUGAACCCGGCAUCUGUGGUGACCUUGACUUUGUCGAAGAACAGAUCUGCUUCAGAAGCGACUGCACGUGUGAACCUCCACAAGUAUGGAAGAACGACUCGCUGUGCCAUUCGCAAACAUGUGAAGAUAUGCUGAUCGACGCGUCCUGCUCAGACCAGCUGCUGCCUGCCUGCGUGUGCCCCGAGGAUAUGUACCUGAAAGACGGAGAAUGUGUUGUCAUAGCGGACUGUUACACGUGUGUGGUGGACGGGGAUGUGAAGAAGAUCGGAGAAAUCUGGUCGCCGACCGGAACAUGUGACGUCUGCCAGUGUGUAAUGGGAGAAGUUCAGUGCGAACGAGUCAUGGAGGAACCCGUGUGUGAAGAAGGAGAGGAGAUCACUUAUGACGACGGCCCCUGCUGUCCGAGGUGCCAGCCAAUUCCUCCCACCUGCCAGCUUCGAAACAAAACGGAGACCAUUAACUACGAGAACUGCCGAUCCACCUCCGAGCUCACAUACAGCUACUGCGCCGGCUCGUGCGGCGAGAGCAAGUCUAAGCCACACCUGACUCUGUCGAACGGGGAUCCGCCUUCAACGGACAACGAAUGUAGUUGUUGCCAGGGUAUUCCCGGAGGAAACCAGGAGGUCGAAAUGCGUUGCGAGAACGCCGACGGAACUGUGGAAACAGUGGUCGCCUUCAUGCCGACGCUAACAGCAUGUCUAUGUGACAUGUGCGGGUAAAGCUCGUUCUACGUUUCCGGAAGUGACAUGAACAGCUCGUAGUGAAAAGAAAAUGAACGCAAAAGGAACAAUAUAUGUGUUAAACUUUGUUAACUGUUGUUACUUGUGAAUGAAGAUUACCCUUUCGUUAAGUUUUUGUUUAUUAAUUCUAUGGAUAGUUAUGCACAUAAAUUUUACGCACUGAU